AUGGCGCAGGAGCAGGAAGGGGCGGUGGUUGAGAGCGGUGAGCAAAAUGAUCCCCCCGUCGCCGCAGUUGCCGCAACGGCAAACGCAACCUCCGAUAGCGUGAAGGAGAAGCGAAAGGGAUUAUUCUCGCGUGUUUGGAAUGCUAUAUUCAGGGUUAGGGGAGACGAUUUCGAGAAGAGACUUCAAUACAUUUCAAAGGAAGAAGCGACUGUUCUAUCACGGAUGAAGCGCAGAUUAAUUACAUGGAGGAAACUCACUAGAAAUCUCAUCGUCUCCUCUGUGAUAAUUGAGAUAAUUGCUGUGGGUUAUGCGAUCAUGACAACGAGAGCAGGUGAUUUGGAUUGGAGAAUGAGGAGUUUCCGAAUAUUGCCGAUGUUUCUUUUACCUCCUGUGGCUGCUCUUGCUUAUUCCUCGAUCGUCAGCUUCUCCAAGAUGUUUGACCGCAGAGAUCAAAAGAAUUUGGAAAAUCUUCGAGCAGAAAGGUUGGCAAAAAUCAAUGAGCUUAAAGAAAGGACCAAUUAUUACACCACCCAACAACUUAUUCAGAGAUAUGACCCCGAUCCAGCUGCAAAAGCAGCAGCUGCGACUGUCCUGGCAUCGAAAUUGGGAGCCGAUUCAGGUUUGAAAGUAUUUUUAGGAGAUGAAUCCCAACUCGAUCCAUCCUCAGGGAAGAGCAAUGACAUGGAGGUCAACCACUCACGAGGGCUGAGGAAUCGAAGACGACCAAAUACUAGACGCCACAGUUCUGGAAGCACUUCAGCACAUCAUUCUGAUGAUGAGUCUCACCAUUCUGGGACAAGCGAGAGAUUCCCCGGCACUGCAGAGCAAAACCAGCAGAUGUUGGUUGAGCAUUAUAGUCCUCAGGGACAUGCGGCUCCUGAUGGCAGUUGGAUCUCACGCAUCGCAGCACUCCUCGUGGGCGAAGAUCCCACACAGUCAUUUGCACUCAUUUGUGGAAACUGUCAUAUGCAUAACGGACUUGCUCGGAAAGAGGAUUUCGAUUACGUUACGUAUUAUUGCCCUCACUGUAACGCUCUGAACAAACCGAAGCAUUCAGAGGAAAACCCACUUAUUCGUCCUGUUUCCGCUCCACUGCUCACAAAUUCUGCAACAUUGGUUGAAACCAGUGAAGUGGUUAAUAGCAGCAGCUCGAGUAGUGAACGUGGAAAUAGUCCCACCCCAGAAAUAAAGGAGGAAGCUGCGACUACUGAGACCGGGACACCGAGCUGA